AUGGCUUUCCCAUCACCUCCACACAUCCAACUCAUACUUCUCCAAACUUGCCCACCGCCACCCAUCCAUCUUACUGCACUGAUGAUGCUCGCCAAGGCUGAACGGCGUUGGACACGCAACUUUCCAGUGCCCAAUCACAGCCAACAGAUAUUACAAACCACAACUCAACUGCCCAUGCUGCCUUUGUCUUUGCUUCCUGUCCGCAAGACAAGUGAACCCUUGCCACGGCCCCCCUCCAUCCACAGAAUCAGCCUAUCCUUGUCUUACUACGUACUGUCGUUUCCUGGCCCAUUCGUACCCCGUCCCCUCCUCGACCAGUGCGGUACUGUACACUACUGCUGGGCCCUGACUGAGAGACUGGACUGGCUUAACGGAGAGAAUGGAGGAGCUCCUGCGAAGAACCGCGAGCGUGGUGCGGCACCAUCCGUCUCCGACUACCACUCGGCGACGCCUACAGGGAUCCUUGACGGGUGUAUCUUAGCGCACGACGCCAGUGCCCCAGUCUUGCAGGCUCCAUCAAGACCCCCAAGCAAGCUAGGCCAGGUCCAGCCCACGAACCUGCGAGCGACAUGGGAUGUAUGUGUGAGCGACAGCUAUGAUUCUGCCUGUCUUGCCUCGCCCGCUGGUAUGGCGCCGCCGGGUGUCAGUCAAAACGGGAUGCGAGCUGCUACCUAUGGACGGAUACCCUUCCCUCAUAUGCGGCAGCCUCUCUAUCGCGCCUCCAGCUCUCACUUGUCAAUCCCCCAACCUUCUGUCUUCGCCCAAAUCCAGAACGACGGCCUUGUCAAGCGGGCGUCCUCCUCGGAGGGCGCUCACGGCGGCCACGACAUCGAGAAGACGGGCUACCAAACACAGACCUACGACGACAACCUCAAGGAGAAUGUCCACAUCCGCGGUCUCGAGACCAGCGAAGACACGAAGCUGCACCGUGGUCUCAAGGCCCGCCACAUCACCAUGAUUGCCAUCGGUGGUGCCAUCGGUACUGGUCUCAUUGUCGGAACCGGCAAGGCUCUCGCCCAGGCUGGCCCCGGCUCCGUCUUCAUCUCGUACACUCUCGUCGGUUUCAUCGUCUUCCUCGUCAUGGCUGGUCUCGGUGAGAUGGCUGCUUGGCUGCCCAUCUCUUCUGGUUUCACUGGCUACGCCUCGAGAUUCUGCGACCCCUCGCUCGGUUUUGCCCUUGGCUGGACUUAUUGGUUCAAGUACAUUAUUGUCACUCCCAACCAGCUCACAGCCGCCGCCUUGGUUAUCCAGUUCUGGGUAGACCGUGAAAAGGUCAACCCCGGUGUCUUCAUAGCUAUCUUCCUCGUCGCCAUUGUCUGCAUCAACUACUUCGGUAUCAGAUUCUUCGGUGAAUUCGAGUUCUGGCUCUCCAGUUUCAAGGUCGUCACCAUUGUCGGAAUCAUCAUCUUCUCUCUCGUCCUGGCUCUGGGCGGUGGCCCCGACCACGAUCGCAAGGGAUUCCGCUACUGGAAGAACCCUGGUGCUUUCAGGGAGUACAUCGACACUGGCGAUGCCGGCCGCUUCUAUGGUUUCUGGUCCUGCAUGGUCAACGCCACCUUCGCCUACCUCGGUACUGAGCUUGUCGGUGUCACCGUCGCUGAGGCUCAAAACCCGCGCAAGACGAUCCCCCGCGCGAUCAAGCUCACCUUCUACCGUAUUCUCUUCUUCUACUGCUUCAGUGUCCUCCUCAUCGGCAUGCUCGUUCCUUACAACUCUCCGGAUCUCGCCUUCGCCAACAAAGCCCAGACCGGUGCCUCCGCCUCCCCCUUCGUCGUCGCUGCCACGCUCGCUGGUGUCAAGGUCAUCCCCCACAUCAUCAACGCUUGCAUUUGCAUCUUCGUCUUCUCUGCAUCCAACUCGGAUCUCUACAUCGCCUCCCGUACCCUCUACGGUCUUGCUUCUGACGGCUCCGCCCCUGCCAUCUUCAAGCGCACUGACAAGCGUGGUGUCCCCAUCUACGCCCUUGGCUUCUCCGCCAUGUUCGCCCUUCUGGCUUUCAUGAACGUGUCCAACGACUCCAAGGCUGUCUUUGGCUACUUCGUCAACCUCACCACCAUCUUCGGUCUCUUGACCUGGAUCUCGAUCCUCGUCACCCACAUCUGGUGGUGCAAGGCCCGCAAGGCUCAGAACAUCCCCGACGAGAUCCUGCCCUACGUCGCCCCCGUCGGCAUCUGGGGCUCUUACGGCGCUCUGUUCCUCUGCAUCAUCAUCGCCCUCACCAAGAACUACGAUGUCUUCACUGGCGGCGACUUUGGCAAAGAGAAGUACAAGACCUUCAUCACCGGCUACCUUGGCAUUCCCCUCUACCUCAUCCUCAUCUUCGGCCACAAGUUCUACUACAAGACCCGUGGCGUCAAGCCCCACGAGGCCGACUUCUACACCGGAAAGGAUAUCAUUGACCGCGAGGAGGAGGAGUUCCUCGCUCGCAAGGCUGCCGAGAAGGAGGCCAACGGUGGCAAGGGCGGCAAGGGAGGUUGGUUCUACAAAACCUUCCUUUCUUGGCUCUUCUAG